GUCUUGAAGGGUGAACAACAGAGAACACUCAUAGAGUGACAGGAUAUGCCUUGUGGGAAAGGACUCACAGUCUGACUCCUGGCACAGGACACCCCAAGAGUCACCCCGUGUGCCUUAGUGUGUUGUCCAAGCGCUUGUUGAACUCUCAGGUUUGGUGCUGUGACCACUUCCCUAGGGAGACUCUUCCAGUGCUCGAUCAGCCGCGGGGUGAAACUUUUCCCGAUAUCCAGGUGCAGACACCCUGGCAGGUGUUUUUACCCAGAUUUUUCAGUGCUGGGAUUUGGGUGCUGGGCUCGGCAGGCCCGCAGGAGGACGGUGCUCCCUCGGAAGCUCGGCGGAGCACAAGUCCCGGAGUUCCGGGGGGAGGUGGCUGCGAGGUGACAGGUUGUGCUCCUGACGUGUGUGGCUUGGGCGUGUGCUCACCAGACACUCCGGAGAGCGGAGCGAGAGGCGACUGGAAGGAAAAAAGUGGCUGGAGGGGGAGCGUAUCUGUGUGGGAACAGAAACUGGUCACAAUUCCAGCCAUAAAUUGGAAGCUCAGUGUGGUGAAAUUGUAUAGUACUUAAGUAUGCUCUGAUAGGAGCUUGCUUGGUGUGCUGUGUUUUUUCUCACACCGUGGUGAGAUCUCAACAGCUGUAAAUUGUGAACUCUUGGUGGGGUUAAGCCCAAGUGCUGCUACAGCUACCUGCGGGCCAAAGUGCUGAUUUCCCUGUGGUGUCUCUCGUCGGGAGUUUGCAACACAGCUACUGUCAGAUUGCUCCGUCUUUGAGUUUAGGUGGCUGUUCUGCAGUUCGCUUGCCCUCGCACACCUCUAUCUGUAGAAGUCUUAAAAGGGCGUGACACAACUGGUUUGCUUGACAGUCAGUGAUCUCUGCAAAGAGGCAUUUCGGGGGAAGUCAAAUGCUGAGGGAUCAAGGGGAAUAAGUAGAUAAAUCCUCGGAGGGCAUGGCAUUAAUCCUUGGGCAAACUUUUGGGGAAAAAUGUUUGGGAGUGAAGGAAAGAUGAAGUUGGAGACAUUUGAGCAAGUCAAUUCUGUAAUACAUCCUAAAGUUGAGUGUUUUGUGCAGAUAGGAGGUCUCUAAAUUGGUUUAUACUGACAUGGAUUCCUUGGCUUACCAGUUUCAGAACACUGUGGGAGUUCUUUUGAUCUGCCAGUAGACUCUGCAAGUGAAUAAGAGCUUCUCUCCACAGAACUGAGGUGAAGAGCUUCACCAUGGGACAACAGAUUUCAAACCACACACAAACUGUAAUUAACAAGUUGCCAGAAAAAGUAGCAAAGCAUGCCUCUUUGGUUCAAGAAAGUGGUUUCCUAACCUAUGAAGAGUUUCUGGGAAGAGUAGCUGAACUCAACGAUAUUACUGCAAAAUUGGCUUCUGGACAAGACAAACAUCUGUUAUUUGAAGUGCAGCCUGGGUCUGAUUCUUCUGCUUUCUGGAAGGUGAUUGUUAGGAUAAUAUGUACCAAAAUAAAUAAAACAAGUGGCAUCGUGGAAGCUUCCAGAAUCUUGAACUUAUAUCAGUUCACUCAGCUUUACAAAGACAUCACCAGUCAAGCAGCAGGAGUUCUUGCACAGAGUGACACUUCUGAAGAAGCUGCUGAGAGUUGGAUGUCUGUGUCUUCCUGUCAGGCCAGCUUGUGGAUGGGAAGGGUAAAACAGCUGACAGAUGAAGAGGAAUGUUGCAUCUGCAUGGAUGGCCGUGCUGAUUUAAUCCUGCCCUGUGCUCACAGUUUCUGCCAGAAAUGCAUUGAUAAAUGGAGUGACCGCCACAGAAACUGUCCCGUGUGCCGCCGGCAGGUGACAGGGGCAGGAGACUCCUGGGUGGUGUCAGAGGCCCCUACAGAAGAUGACAUUGCCACUUACAUCCUGAACAUGGUGGAUGAGGCAGGGCAGCCCCACAGACCCUGACCCUGCCCACCAGGCUGAUCAUGGCAGAACCACUUGAAGCUUUUGUUUUCCCCAGUCUGGAUUUACCUCUCCUUGCCGUUCUUCCAGUCUGUCCUUUCCUUCUCCUCUUGGCUGCUGUGAGUCUGCGCUGCUCUCCUGAAGCACAGGGUGUCUGAACAAGUCUCUGUGUGUGCAGUCUUCGUUAUUAAACUGUUCUAUCAGCAAACUCCUUGAUCAUUAACACAGUUUACUUUAACAGCGGCAUUUGAUAUUAAUUAACAGUUCAACUACUCAAUGAAGCAACUUGUAACAGCACAAGUACAACUGCAGACUGCUGUUUGAGCACCAGUGUACUGCUACAGAGAUGAACCAUGGCAGAUGGCUUGACUUCAUAGUUCCUACCCUUAAAAGCAGUCCCUUAUUCACAGCUAAUGUGAAUGAAGAUGAUGAGUUAGCACUAGUGGUUAUUAAUUUGAAAUUUUACUGUUGAAACUUGAAGAUGUCCCACUGCCUGUUCUUCAGUAGGAAGUUAUUGCUGCUCUUAGUGUUUACAUAUACUUAAUCUGAUUUGUUAUGACUUUUAGUAUUAAUUGUUUUAAAUCUGUUUUGGAGAGUGUAGGCACAUCUGUAAAUGUAUUUGUGCACUUCCCUUUAUUCUAACAAGACUUAUCUCUUAGAAUAUUUUUUUAAAUAUGAUGUUUAGCAUAGUCUUAUUAGCUUGGAAACAUGAAACAGUUUCAUACACAAUCCUAAAAGCAGUAAAUCAGCUUCUCAGUAGUUUUUGAUAAAGAAAAGCUAAAACUAUUUCUAAAUAUUGGGCAUAUCUGAAGAGAAUGCCUUUAUUUGAAUUAGCACUUAAGGUGUAGUUUAGUCUGAUGCUGUGGUUUUAUCUGCUCCUCUUGAGUUUUUGAAGUGAUGAGAUCAGAGUUAAAAGGUAUAUGAAGAGUUACAAGUGAUAAUCUAAGUAAGGGUGCUCUACUUUAUAUCUACAAGUGCAAUAUGCUUUUAUGUAGCAGAGGGAAACUUCUUUAACAAUAAUGUGGCUUGGAGAGAGAUGUGCAUGUGACAGCUUGGAAAAGGGAUAUCAUAACUGGAGUGCAACAGUAUUUUGUGUCUAGCAGAAUAAAGUCUUUAAAGAGCUGAGUUUAGACAGUCUAAAAUAGUUAGUAUUCAGGAAACCCAUCUUAAGCAUCUUGUGCAUAAAUAGCAUUAUGGAAAUGAAUGGCUACUGUAGAGAAUUAAUUUAUAUAUAUAUAAACAAAUACUACUUUUUCUCACCCAGUAACCUCAAGUUAAAAUAUUCAAGUGUAGCAUUUGAGGGAGUAUCAGCAUAAACCUUGCUUACUGUGAGACUGCAUUUUUCCUUACCAUACCUGUUAAAAUUCCAUGAUGCCAUAAGGCUUAAGUCCUUUUGUCACAGACAGGUUCUGAACUAAAAGGCAUGUGCACAUGUAGAUAUGCACAUUUUGGUUAUUUUUCUUAAUUUGCUAUAAAAUAACUUAAUUACAUCAAUUUGUUAAAGAGUGUACACAGGAUAUGGCACCCAUUUGAGCUUGGCUUGUGACACCAUUGUCAAAUUUACCGUAGGUUUUAAGCCAGAGAAGCAAUGUACCCUUCAUGUGUCCGUCAUCUGAGAGCCAGUAUGGCUUAGUGUGUAAAUCUGUAUUUAGCUAUGAAAAAAUCCUUUUAUUAGGAGUGUAUAUAACUGAGAUUUUUUUUUCCCCCUCCUCCUUUCUUAAGCCAUUAUUAGGAAUGAGAUAUUCAGUAAAUGUAUGGAGUGUUUGGUUGCAUAAAGGUGGUUAUUGUUUGGGCUGGAAAUUGUUACUGGCCCAGGAUUUCCCACGAAAACAUGUGCAAAUAUUCCUAAUCAUGCACCAGUUUGGUUUCUUUCUGCUUUUUUGAGCUUGCAUUAGUCCAUGUUCAGAACUUUCAAAUAACCUUUGAAUUUUUUAAACUUUUUAUAUCACUGGAACAGAAAGAACAUCUAAAUGAAAGCUUCAAGCUAACUUUAUUUUUCAAGUACUUCAAGAAUUAUACUUCUGAACUGAGAUUUUAUAAGUUGACUUUCUGCUGAGAACUGACAUGAACUUCUUAAAAUGUAAUUUUAUAAUGAUGCAAACAGGUUGUUAAUUGCAGCAUAAUGACAAUUACAAUAUAAACUAAUGCAAAAAUUAUUUAAAUAGUGAAAAAGUAAACUUUUUAUUCUGUACAGCUUUUUUAAAUUAAGUUGCUGUAAUUCACACUGCUGUGAUGUAGAUACUGUAAUGUGUGCCUUGUAAAAUAUAUGUACUGUAUGUUAUAUGGAGAAAUAGAUACUUUAACACUGAAAAACUAGUAAUUUGGUACUGGUUGGUAUUACUUAGUCUGAAGUGCAACAUUUAGCAAACAAUUUUGGAAAAGGAAUCCAUUGGCAUGGACAUGGCAAUGAGUUCCAGAAGCUAGACCUUGAAAAUGUGAAUUACUGCAAAUAGCGUUGAUGGGGCAGGGGGGGCAUUAGAACAAAUUAACUUGUGUUAAGUGAACAUUUCUUACAGGUUUAAUGUGAAAUUGUAACUUAAACAUUAGAGAUGGUAUUAAUAGCUAAGAACAUUCCACUAUAUUAAACUUUGUGUAUGAAUUGUGCAAUAAAGUUACUUUGAAAGAAACGUCAGAAUUCUUUUAAGCUUAAGGAAUCCUUGGCUUUAGUAUCACUGAAGUCUGAAAACUGAGUUUUGAUCCAAAUACAAUUGCACUGUACAGGUAGCGUGGUUAAAAGUGUGGCACUGUGGGUCAGAGCUCUCUUAAACUUUGAAGAGUUUAAGAAUCAAUAAGGUAUUUAAGUAUCAAUUAAUUCUUAUUAAAUAUCAAUUAAGUAUUUAAAUAUGAAUGAGGUACCUGAAUGCAGCUCUCCAAAAAAAAAAAAACCCAAACAAAACUGGCUCUCAUUUGACCUCUUGUAGGUACGCAAAUAAACUGGAACAUUCUGCAGUGAUGGGAAAAAUUAACUCCAAUUCUUAGAGGACAUAUUGAGGAGCAGGUUUGUUCAGGGAAAGGAUUUUUAUUUUCAGAGAAGUGUGACACACUUUUUCCCCAAGUCAUUUCAUCAUGGUUCUGAUGGUAUUUUAAAGUGUAAGAAUGCUAAGGUUUGGGAUAUUUUUUUCUUCAUUUUUCCUCAUUUUAAGUAAGUAUUGAGAUAUAUAAUUAAUGUAACUGUUUCCUUUGUCUAGUUACUUGGCUUAUCGGUUUGGAUCUUUCCAAGCCAAGGCAGAAACGGGAGAGAAAUUAAUUAACAGAUUAGGAAAUUAGGGUGGAUAAAAUGACCAGUUGUCAGGCAGAGCAGGAGGUAGGUGUACCAGAGCAAUUAGCAAACCUUUCUAUUCACCAGGUUUUAAGUUUAGGCACCAUAUCAAUGUGAUGGGCGUGGUUCUUUUUUGUUGUGGGAAAUGGUUUAUUUACCUCCCUUGUCUUUCCUUUGAAGAAAAUUCUAUACAUAAUUAGAAAGGUUUACUAAUCCAUGCUCUUUCCCUUUCUGGAAACCAGGGCAACCACUGAGGUCUCUGUGUUACAGGUUUGAACUGAGCUGUUCAGUCUCACCCUGUAGAGCUGUAUGUGCCAAAUGCAUUAUUUUUGGAAGGAACAUAUUGGUUCUUUGUGCUUUGCAUCCAGCUACAUCCUGGAAGAACAGCCCUCUCAGGAAGCCCUAAGGAUGUGUUUGAUGUAAGUAGGAGCUGUAUGUUAACUUGGCUGGCCUUAGUCCUUACACUGCAUAUACAUAAUGCUUUAAUUUUGUAUUCACACAUUGUAAUAGAAGUAAUGUGACAGUAACUAAGUAUUUUCUUUGGGCUUCUGUUGUUAAAUCAUCCUUGAAGAUAACUUGCCAGAGGUUUUAUCCUCACCUGUUUUAAGUGGGUGAACAGAAUUCUGCUUUAUGAGUGUGACUUAAACAUCAGUCAUUUCAAAACUGAAUUUUUGUUAACUGUCAUUUCUUCAGAUGCUUCUUUCCAAGGCCAAGAAUUUAUCAUACAGCAAUAUUUUUUAAGGACUUAAAACUUAUCCUGCUGGGAUGUGUCACUGGAAUUAGCCUGGAUGGAGCUGUGUGCUUUUCCAGUGACCACAGUGUGGGAUCACCAGGUAACAUUUCGCUCUGAGCCAGCCAACGUUACAUCCGUGAGGGAUGGGACAGCACAAGAUGUUAGUUAGCAGAUCUUUACUUACCUCACUAACCCAUCAAAAUUCAAAUAGUAAACACUGGGCAUGGGGUUUGUAGGCCUAAUAUUAAAAGGAACUACAAGUUUUUUGAACUUGGCUAGAACUUUGCACAGUGUGUGUCUGCUGGCACAAAGAAUACAAUCCAAGAGGUGAUGAAAUGAGCAUCCUUCUUUGGUUCUAAGUGCUAUUUUAAAAUGUUCCAUGUUUUCAGAAAGUAAGCCUAAAGUAUCUGGAAGCCUGCACCUCUGAAAUGUGUAAGUGUAAGAAGGUAGGAGGAGUUUGAUGCAACAAUCUGUGCUUCCAUGCUGAUGUGGUUCUGACCCAUUUUAACAAAUCUUCAAAAACUACUUUUUAUGUGAGGCAGUCCCUGUCCGUCAUGGUGAAUGAUUAAUGAAGUAGUGGUGUUGAUGUCUCACUGUUAUUCAGGCUCUCUCAGGAUUAUACAGACUGUGCUGUUUAACAGUGUUUUGUGUUGAGUGCUUUGAGAGGCGUGGGGGAGAAAUGCACAUUUCUCAGUUACAGAUGAACCUGUACUCCUGUGCUUCACCAGUGCUACUCAUGUACAGAAAUAAAGUUUGUGUACUGAAAGAGAUGAUGUUUUCAUCUUCACCUAAAAAUCUUGACUCCCUUCCCUACUGAAGUGUUUUGUGUUCUGCUUUUCCUCAAAAGUCAUGGUGAUUGUAGGAGGAUGUCUGUGUUGAUAGUUUAUUUAAAUCUGUCACUUGUUGGCUUCUUAGUUGUGUUUUGUCAGAUAAAUCUGUUGUGUGUGCUCACGAGAUCACAGUACACCUUGAGGGGGCCCUGAGGGGCAGGGCUGCUUUCCUGCUCCCAGCUUGGGUGUCUUGACUCAGCUCAAGAUCCACACGAGGCUCCAGGAUCAGCAAGAGCUGCUCUGUGCCCUGCACAGCUUGGAUGAGCAGGGAAGCAGGGUGGGCACCCCGAGACAGUGGGGGCAGCAAUGCAAUUUCACUUUCAGAGCUUUACCCCAGGCCUGAAUGGUUGGUUUACAUUAGUAUUGAAUUAUUUUAAGCCAGAUAAGCCUUUAACCCCUUCUCCUAAAUAGUGCUUGCUGUCUUCUCUGUCUCCACUGGGUUUUUUUUUAGUUUUCAUGCUUUAUUUAGGUUUAGUCAGUUGAAUUGCACGUGGUUUUAGUUCUCCUUAAAUGUGGAUUGAGAGGAGCUACAAUUUUUUUGAGAGAUACACAGACAAAGUCCAUAACCAUAUUCUUUUACAAUUCAUUCAUUAGUGUAAUGUUUAAUGCUUCCACAAGAGGCAAAACAUAAACAUCAUGUAACCCAGGCACAGAAAGAAAAAGCAGUUUUUACAGACACCUUUUCAGACUUGGAUUUAUAACUAGGCAAAGAGAACAGAAAUGUUUAGCCACACAUAAAGAACAAUGAUAGGAGACAAUAAGGUGGCUCUGGGCUGUGAAAAAAAUACAUAUUCUCCAGUAGCAGAACAAAUGCCUUAAGUUUGCUAAAGUAACACAACAGAAAAGAAUUGUUCAGGUAGAUAGGUUGUAAACAUCAAAUAACCAUAAUGAACCAUUUCAAGUUGAAAGUAUAAAAUGCUUUUGAAUGAACGGAUUUAAGGAAGCCUUGAAUAAUGUUUGAGCCUCUCUCCUAGUGAACUAAAGAGAAAGAAAGUAGGAUGUUCUUCCAUCCUGCAGCAGUGCUUACCCAGUUGCCACCUGCAGUGAUGUUCUCCAGCCCCUGAGUCAAAGCAGCUGUGUUCUAACCAGGUUUGACCUCAGCACAGCUGGGGGGAUCAGCCCUGUCCUGUGUGUCCAGCACUGACUUGUGCUGGAUCUGUCUUUUCAUUCCAGCCACAGCCUGAGCGCACAAGGUUACUCUGAACAGCCUCACAUUAGCACAAAAGUGCAACUUUAGAAAAAAGAAAACAAAGCAAAGCUUAAGAACUGAACUUGGGAAUCAGUAACAUUUGCCCAAUUAAAGGAUGAAUUAAAGAUGCCAGGAGAAAUGCAGCAGUGGACACUUGAAAGGAUGUCUGUUUUUAUUUGCUCAAAUAUAAUACUAUAUGCCAAAUUUCCCCUUAAAAGCAGCAGACAAGAAAGCACAGAAAGCAGAACUCAUGGUCAUGACCACUUAUGUGUUACUGUGGUUAUUGUCAGAAUCCCAAUUACUGUCCUUUCACUGAAUAUGCAAACCCAGUUUUCUUUUUUUCAAUAGCAGCUACAGACCUAUUAGAACCUGAGGUAAGGAAAGCUGAAAAGGUAUUAAAUACAUACACAAAUUUGGUGUAAUUUUAAGGAAACUAAAAAAGACAUGUAAGUGACAACAAAAGCAGCACUAAUAACAAUCUUCAGGUGAAACAACCCAAGUAAAGCAAUGUUUAUCAAAUGGAAAUACUUGAAAUUGAAAUUCUUCAUACCAAGCAUGUUGCUUAUUUAUCCUGGAUGCCAAUGUUUCUCCCAAAUAAUGUUACAUUGGUAACAUUAGUUUAUUAGGAAGUUGUACUGAUGAAAACAAGACAUUUGCAUUUGAUGCAGCUAAACAGCUUAAACCACUUUCUCAGACUUCAUCCUAAGCAAAUGACACCAAUCCUGAGACUGCAUUCUAUGAGCUGCUACAGUUCCUAACAGUGAGGCUGACAAGGGCUGCUGACAGAACCUGGAACAAUUUUACUCUUGUACAGCUGGGCAGCAUAAUGUGGUUUCACGUGAUUUUUAGGGGUACAAGGAAUACAAAAUCUGGCACAUUGCAGACAUUAGGCAGGGGCACUGAAGAGCUCAAGUCAAAUUCCCACCUGUCCCUGUCUGCAGCCCUGGUUUUGGAUGAAAAGCUUCUGCAAUCACUGCAGCUCCCUCUGCAUGACAUUGGCUAACUGUGAUGGUGAGUGGAUGGCCAGAACUUUCCCUCUCGUGCCUUGGACUCCCUUGGAGCAGCCUUAAAUUCCAGGCUGCUUCCUGACAUCUUUAGGUUUAUCUCUUUCUCUUGGGGGGUUCUUGCAAAGCUGCACAGCUAUAGGAAGUGACAAGGAAUUCCUCCUUCCCCUACUUUAGUGUCAUUUCCUUGCACUAUCUCCAUUCAGGACAGCAGAAUAUUAAAAAGGUGUCCUUGCAGGUAUCUCUUGGAACUGCCACAGCCUGAGGAGAGAGUCUUCAAUGCCUCUACACAUUUAUGCCAUUAAUGGGUCCUUUGGUACUGGUGGUGUCACAACUUUUGGCUGCAUUUGCAAAGGCACGUGAGACCUGAAGAGCUCCUGAAAGAAAGGCUGUUGGUGCCCAAGCUCCAGGAGAAGGGCCUGGCCUAGGAAAUACAAGUGGCAGAAGAUCUGACAUCUGACUGAGCACAACAUGCAGGGUUCAAGGUCAGGUGAACCUUGAUGGGCCAGUAUCAGUUAUUGGCUUUUUCUGCAUUAAUGCUGAACACCUGUUUGAAGAAGCUCAGUCCCUAAGCAAGAUAUUAGAGAGCCAGGGGUCUAACCCUGGGCUCACAUCCUGCCUCAGGGACUGCAGGCCUUUGAACUAAGCUGCUCUGCUGGACUCACAGGCAUCCACAGCCUCUGCUACCCCAGCCUUGAGUCUUCUUUGGUGUGAAACUGUGCAGUUUCUGCAAUACACAGGUGCCACCAUAUUGUUACCUUUAAUCCUUUCUGAAAGAGUAGUACUGUGUCGUAAGGAUGAUGAAAUAGAAGAUGGAAAGUGAUAAAUACUCCAGUAGCUGUGUUUUACUAACCACUUCCUCAUAAAUAAACAGUUUAACAUAACAUACCAUGAUCUGAAA